UUCAAUAUGAGGCCCUUAUGAUUCUGUGUUAAAGAAAGAAGGAGAAACUCCACUCUCAUGGCUUCCCUCCUCUCCUUCCACCUCCUCAAACUCACUUCUCCAAUCAAAGCUUCCUCCUCAUCAACCGUUACGACGACCACCACCCAAUCUCCUCCUCAAAGUCUAGAACAAAAGUUCGGUCGAAAAGGGAUAAAGUUCACAGAGAAUGGAGAUAUGUCCUCUGUUGAGCUUACAGUUAGAAAUGGAAGCUCGCUUAACCUUCGAAUCCCUGAUGGACUAAUAACUUCAUACAGGCCAAAGGUUUAUUGGAAGGAUGAUGGAUAUGAGGAAGUUCUUCAUACUGUAAACAAUGGUGGUUUGGUUAAAGGUGGGCUCGGUUUGGUGCUGAAUAAUGAGUCUAAGUUGGGUAUUAAUGGGUCGCCUUGGUCUGCGUCGGAGUGGGUUGUGAAGGAUACUGAUUCUGAUUCAUUUGACGCUGUUCAGGUAGAGUUGAGCUGCACAAACGGAGAUAACUCUCUUGACAUCACAUACAUCAUCUCCCUCUAUCCUCUAAGCAUGGCAACUGCAGUAGUCGUACAAAACAAUGGUAAAAAACCCGUUAAGCUAAAAAGCGCAAUUUUAAGUCACCUCAAGUUCAAAACCCAAAAAGGAUCAGCAAUCCAAGGUCUCAGAGGCUGCUCAUAUUGCGCACAUCCUCCUUUAUCUUCCGGUUUCAGUAUUAUGUCUCCAUCUGAAGCUAUGAUGUCUGAAUCUACGGGUUGGUUUGGUUCUUCUGAAGAGAAUAAAGGUUCAUGGAAAGUUGAGGAUGAUAUGUAUAUAAUGUUGAGGAGUAAGAUCAGUAGAGUUUAUGCUGCACCACCUGAGGAGAGAUUGAAGCGUAUUUAUAACACCGCGCCGUCUAAAUUUGAGACUAUUGAUCGGGGAAGCAAGCUUGGAUUUAGGGUGAUAAGGAUGGGGUAUGAAGAUUUUUACUUGGGGAGCCCUGGUUCUUUCUCAGAAAAAUAUGGAACUGAUUACUUUAUUUGUACUGGCCCUGCUUCAACUCUGGUGCCCGUGGAUUUGAACCCCGGUGAGGAGUGGAGAGGAGCUCAGGUUAUCGAGCAUGAUAAUUUGUAAUCAUUUGUUACAUCAAGAUAUAAAUAUAAAUGUAUUAUAGUAAAAGUCAAGUAGUUUGUUUUUUCUAUUUCCAUCUCAGUUGCAUUUUCUUA